AUCUGUCGCUGUUUGGUUACUCGUAACUCUCGUUGUUCAGGUCGGAUACGAAUAGCGUUUUGUAUUAAGUUAUAUUCAAAGAAAUAAUUACAUAUAUAUAGUGAUAACAAUUUCACAGUGAUUGAUAACUGACUUAAAGUUUUUUUUUUAAACUUGGCAUUAUUUGUAUAAUAUGGCGGCAGUACAAGGCGCUCCUAAUAAACAAUGGCCCGCCAGACCCGGUGUGCAACAUCAAAACAGUCAGAAUGCAAGUGUAACAUUAAACAGAACGAUAAAUCUCUACCCGCUAACAAAUUACACAUUUGGAACGAAAGAACCACUGUUUGAAAAAGAUGCUUCCGUACCAGCUAGGUUCCAGAGAAUGAGAGAGGAAUUCGCGAAAAUUGGCAUGCGAAGGUCCGUCGAAGGUGUCCUCCUCGUUCAUGAACACGGCUUACCUCAUGUGUUACUUCUUCAGUUAGGAACGGCAUUCUUCAAACUUCCCGGCGGAGAGCUGAAUCCCGGAGAGGAUGAGAUCGAGGGCCUGAAGAGACUUCUGACAGAGACCCUCGGACGGCAGGACGGUGUCAAGCAGGAAUGGCUCAUAGAAGACACCAUCGGCAACUGGUGGAGGCCCAACUUCGAGCCGCCCCAAUAUCCUUAUAUACCGCCCCACAUCACCAAACCGAAGGAGCACAAGCGCUUGUUCCUCGUGCAGCUUCAAGACAGGGCGCUGUUCGCUGUCCCCAAGAACUACAAACUAGUCGCGGCGCCUCUGUUUGAGUUGUAUGACAAUGCACAAGGCUACGGACCUAUUAUAUCAUCGUUGUCACAGAGCCUGUGCAGAUUUAACUUUACUUAUAUGUAAUAUAUAUAUAUAUAUAUUGCACACACACAAACAUAUAUAUAUAUGUGUGAUUUGGGUCGGUUUGUAAAUUACAUAUUUAUAUGAAUUUAACAUGUCAUAGUGUUAUAUAAUUUAAAUUGAUUCAAUGCUUGGACGAACACAAAAAAAAAAACAUUUUUACAUAACAAUCAAGGGAGUAAUUUUAAUUCAUUAUUCCGAGCAACACCAAGACACACACACACACACAUAUAAAUAUAUAUAUAUACACACACACAAACAGACCCAAAAAAGAUAUCUGAUGUGACGGGGAACCAGCCCAUAGGUGGAGUAAUCUUAAUUCUACAUAUAAGCAACCAAUAGAAUAAGUAUGUGCGACGUGAAAAACAUUGUGUUUUAUUUUUGUACCUCAAGAAAGAAGACUGUCUUAGCAUUAAGGUUAUAUGUAAGUGUAGCUAAUGUCCCGCUGUGAUGUGUAUAAUGUAUAAUUGGUGCUCAUAUUGUAUAAUAAUGUAUAUAUUAUACUAUAAUAAUCCCCCCUAUUACACGGUAUAUUUGUUCCGCGUUAUAGGAAAACGCGUUGUACGAAAAUUCUCGUAAAACGCGCUCGUAUGACCUCGUAUAAUGCGUUAUAUACAAAUGAUUCACGUUUAACUUUUCUUGUUAAAGAGGGUUUAAAUCGAAUAUUAAGGAAAAACUAUGUUAUGAACGAAAUAUAUGCGUUUUAUUAAAAUCAAACCAAGAACAUUUGGGAAUCCCCGUGUUAUAUGGGGGAAAACACGUGUUAUACGAGGGACAUGAAAACGCGUUAUAAGAGUACCGUGUUAUAGGGGGGAUUACUGUAUAAAGAAUUAAAUUAAUCUCAGUGUAUACAUUGUGCUAAACCGGCGAUGUCUGUGUUGUAAAAAAUAAUUUUGAGUGUAUAGUAUUAUAUGUUUUGCUUAUGCUCUAGAUGGUUAUCAGAACAAACAAAAAAAUCCCCGACGUAAUCAAAUAAUGACAUAUAUAUAUAAAUGUGAGAAUUAAUUGUAUGGGCAUUAUUUUAUCGAAUAGCUGAGUUUAAAAAAAUCAUAUGUAUAUAAUGAUAUAUUUUAUUUUUUGUAUAUAUAUAUAUAUAUAUAUAUAUAUAUAUAUUUGCCCAGUAUAUUAACUAUGUUUUGAUGUGUUGAGUAGUUUUUAGGUAUUUAUUUGUAACCAGUAGCGACAUCUAGUGACAAUUGAUGGUAUUUAAGUGUUUUAGAUUGUACUUACGAUUCAUGUCCAAUAGAUGUCGUGGCGGGUAUGCCGUUAAGGUAAGCAAGGAAUAUGGUAUAUAAGAAAUGGUCGUAAGACCUAGUUGGGAUGUGGAUCUUAAUGCUGGGCGCCAGAAACCUGGAAUGAUAGGAGAUUGUAUGGGACUCGUUAGGUUUUUGGUGUGCUGGGAAUAGAUUACAUCAAGAGUUGCUUGUAUUACAGGAAGUUUGAUGAGGCAGAGGAAUUAGUAGGUUAGUGUGGUAUGAUUGUUACGAGAACAUAUUAAAGGUACGACAUAUAAGGGGGGUAAUGAAUGUGUAAGAUAAGACGAACCGAGAAUAGUUUGGAAGGAUGCUGCGAGUUAUUAUACGGAUCGGAGUGCCGUGGGGUCAGGUAUGUUGGUAGACGUGUGGAAGAGCAGCACGUGUUGCGGAGAUCACGAGCCAAUGAGGAAAUGACAGCAACAACGAUGAAGUACGUUUAUUUAGGUUAAAAUUACGUUCAGUUUAGAAUUUUCUCGAAGACUUUGGGCAAGGAAGUGGCGGAGAGAUGAUCUAAGUUGUGGGUAAGAUGAAAGUAAAGGAGCGUGGUUAUGUCUUUCAAGUGUCCUAGUAAUGUCUUGUAUUGUUUAAAUAAAUUUAAUAUCAAUGGAUGGAAAACUAGUUGAAUGACUGACUCUGGUGGAUGAAAGCUGAUGAUGGAUAUCAAAUACCCACGAGGGGAGCUGGUCCACAAGAUUGUGCUGUUUCUAUUGUUAGUUAGUUGAAUUAAACCAGGCAAAUGCAUUUUCAACUGCUGGAGAGUGUACAUCAAGAAAAAAAAAAACACAAAAUAAGUAAGACCUCAAACAUAAAUUGAAUCUGAUCAAAGGUAAUAUGAAAAUUUGGGAAGUUCUAGAAGGACUAUAGACCAUGGACCCACAGGAAGGGGAUUGUGAUGUGGGUCACCUGAAGCGAUACGUACAGAGCAAGUUUGAACAACAGCGGUGUCAUAAAACGUCCCGCUUUUCGGAGUAGCCGAUACUAAUGUUGGUGAAAGUUUUUCCGAUAAACUAUAGUCUAUAGGUAGGAAGCCAUGAUAUGUUGAGUUUACCUGAUAUAAACCUCCAGCCAAGUUAAGCCAACAUUGUUCUGAUGUCAUUACAUUUCCCAGAACUGUAGUGAGAAUUUGUCAGAAUGAGUUUAGUAGCAUUCUUUAUCAUUUGAUAUGUGAAUAGCUUUUUUUAAGCAUGAGUAAUAUUAAUCUGGAAGCCAUCAUUAUAAAAGCGGUUGGCAAGAGAUUUCAGAACACAAUCAAGUUAUAAUAUCUGGUGCAGUGAAAUUAAUUCAAUAGUUUACCCAAUAGAUGGCGUUGGGUAUGUGUAUCUUGGGAAGUGUUUAAUUCUACUUUCACAAGGUGGUGUUAGCGACAAGAUUCCCUACUGCAAGUAAAUUUUGACAGAUUUACGGUUAGUUGACUCGAUUCGUAUAGAAUAUGCACUACGUUUAAUAUAUUUUCUUCAAUAAAGAUGAAAAUGUAAGCGGCGUCUGAAAAUGUUGCUAGUGUUUGUGGUCCUCACGCUGUUAUAGCCAAUCACCAGUUAUUUUAUUUCUUGGGGUCAGUUAAGGUCAUUUCGAUGACUAAGAUGCGCGAACCACUGUGACAGUGGCGGCGAUAGGCGUCGGCGUAUACUACGGCCUAUAUAAUUUUCUCAUUGUUUUCGAUAUGAACGCUUUCGAGCUUUUAUUAAUAUACGUUUGUUUUAUAUAUUCCAUUGGUUUUAGAAGAAAAUGUAACCAUUUUCCAUUUUUCUGUCCGAAAACUGAUGUUGAAAUUUUUUUUAACUUAGUCGAAUUGUAUAUAUAUAUUAGUUUGCAUACAUGACAAAAAGUACAAAGACUACCACUUACACCUUAAAAUGCUAGUUAUUUACGAAAUAUUCAGAGCAAAAGAAACGAAGGCCAUCUUUCA